AUGAAGGUUCAUCCAGUACCAAGAAAACGCAACAUCACGUUACAAUACGACAUUUCUUCAGCUCUCUCUCAAGCAAGCCGUCAAAAGAAGCUACGGCGACUUCCCCAUAUCUUCGCGAAGGUUCUUGAACUUCCAUUUAAUUCCGAUACCGAUGUUUCAAUCCAAGAAACCUCCGAUUCAUUGCGUUUUAUUAUCCCAACAGAUGAUACUGCUGGGGAUAAUAUUAGGGCUGAUACAGUUGAGAUCUAUCCUGGUGUUACUAAGAUUGUAAUCCGAGGGGAUAAUAUUAACGAUUUGGAUGCAGCCUUGUGUGAAUUUGAGCUCGACAUGUGGCGCUUCCGUCUUCCGCCGUCAACUUUGCCGGAAUUGGCUACCGCCGUUAACUCUGACGGUGUGCUGGUGGUUACGGUGCCUAAAGAUACAGAUGACUUGGAUGAUGAUGGUGAUAUUGGACGCCUUAUUCUUCUACAAUAA